AUGGGCGAGAAGUCUAUUCUUUCGGCCCUUGCGAUGGCAAGCUCCGCCUCUUAUACUUCCAGCGAAGUGGAAGACGUCACUACAUCAUCCGUACACCUGAAGGAGUGGAUCGACUGCGUCACGCUUGCUUACGCGCAACACCCCAACUAUCGCGUGCUUGCUGAGUUAGUUCAUGCCAGCCAGCACGAAGCAGAUAUUGAUCGAAGGGUUCAAUGGCUGCACGACGAGGCUCGUCCUGCAGCGGGUGUGCCUGUGCUGACAAUGUCGGCUUACCCGGUGUCCAGCGUCGCGGCUGUUCUGGAGCGUGUAGCCAAAUCAUCAGGCCGCACAGCUACGUGCGAGUACAAAUACGACGGUGCGCGAGUUCAAGUGCACUUAUCGUUUCCUGAUAGCAGCAAUAACGCUGGUCCCGUCGGCCGUAUCUUCAGCAGGAACAUGGAGGACGUCACAGAGCGAUUUUCCUCCCUUUUAGACGUUUUGCGGCAGUGCAUGGAACAUAGGAAAACGCGAGGGCUCUCAUCUGCUCCAUCGCUGAUAGUCGAGGGCGAAUUGGUGGCAAUGGAUCGAGAGACGGGCACGUUCUGCCCAUUCCAGGUGCUGCAGACGAAGACAACGACCGAGUUUUGUCUCUUUCUUUUUGAUCUACUUGCUGUCGAUGGCACCAAUUUGCUACAGAAUCCACUUCGAAAGCGACGAGCCUUGCUCCAUGAUCUCCUCGAAGAAAAGGCCGGCUACGUUGAGUUCGUGAAACACAUCGAUAUCAGCGCCGAGGAUGGCGCUGAAGAACAGGAGCAGGCGACGGUCGUGCGCGACUAUCUAGAGCAAGCAGUGGCUAGUGGUUGCGAGGGAUUGAUGAUCAAGGCUCUGGAUGAUGAAGAGUCCGAGUACAAGGCUGGUCGGCGUUCGUACUCCUGGAUGAAGCUCAAGCACGACUAUCUGUCGGACGAAGUCGCGACGAGCACAUCAUCGAAGAAGAAGUCAGCAGCAAACACUGGGAACGGCACCUUCCUGGCGGACACAUUGGACUUGGUCCCCAUCGGCGCUUUCCACGGCAAAGGACGGCGUGCUGGGGUGUUUGGAUCCUUCUUGAUGGCAGCUUACAACUCCACAAGUGGCAAAUUCGAGACAAUUGGGAAGGUUGGCACAGGUUUCUCGGACGCACAGAUGACGGAAGCGGGCGGGCGUCUUCAAAUGCACGUUCUGCCCGAGACAAACGGAGUGCCCGAGCAGUAUCAAUCGAGUGCGAUUCGUAGUCGCCAUCCCGAUGUGUGGCUCUCGCCGGAGGAAGUGUGGGAGAUCAAAGCCACUCAACUGACUGAGUCUCCGUCUUACAUGUGCGGUGCUAUCGACGAUGCUGCUGCCACUCCUCGAAAGGGACUCGCACUUCGAUUCCCUCGCUUUGUCCGGUAUCGACCCGAUAAGAAGCCUCUCCAAGCAACGGGGAGCGAGCAAGUCGUGGAACUCUUCCAACAGCAGCAGCAACAGAUUCCACACUAG